AUGUCCAAAGUGGAUGACAGCCCCUCCUCAUCACCGUCAUCGUCCAAGCGGUUGAUGCACUCGGAUAAUGCGUUACAGCUUGACUUGGGUGCUGCUGGCCUGCGCGACUCCGAACUAAGAGAUGUCAUUGUACAAGGCCCAUUUCUGGCCGUACCCGCUCCUAAAGCCGAUGAGGCCCACCACAACUCUGCUCUAGACUCCGAUACUGGCUCUGAGCGUUCCAUUUCAAGCGCCGCUCCAUCACCCUCGCCACAACGCCCUCCACUCCCGGAGAUGCCAUCCAGUGCAUACAUGCCCUCGCAUGCUCCAGAUCCGAUUCCGCCGCGCGUACGGUUUCGUUCGCGAGUGAGGAUACGCGGCAAGCGCCGCAGUUCUGCGCGGCAGCAUAGUGCGGACAGCUCGGGAAGCGGUAGCCGGAGCAGCACCGUGAGCGUUCCGCUAGACGCACAUCCUAAUCGACGCGUACUAGGCCUCAGGCUGAGCGCGAUUACGGCCCGCGCAGUGGCGAAUGCAAAUGCGAAUGAGCAGACGCCGCUAUUGCCAGAAGAGCUGCGGAAGAUCAGGCAGGCGGAGCGAAGGGAACGCAGAGCGAUGGAAGAGAGGCAGCGUGAGAUUGACGAAGAGUUGGCGGAAGAUGAGGAAGUGAUGAGUUGGAAGGAGAAGUUACAGAGUCGAUUUUGGUGGAAGAGACGCGUCGAGGAUGUUGAACGCGUGGUGUGCGCGUGUUGCCCGGAGUCUGACGAGGAAGAUGAAGAAGACGGAUGA